CAUCCAGUCUUCCAACAAUUGGCUGAAGAAGUUCUGGCCGACAUCCUAGCCAGCAUCAUGGCAGAGGCAAGCAGUCGCGAGAUCGACCUGACGAUGCGACCCCGGAUCAUCGCGCUGCCGCCUAAACGCCAGGCAACCGAAUGA